AUGAGUAGUAAUAGUAAUAAUAGUAAUAGUUCAUCAACGGAUGGUGUUGAUCCAACCUUUAGAAAUGAAGCAGUUGCUUUGUUUAAGGAGUUGGUCUAUAAUAUACCAUCGGUGGAUCAAGCUAUUUUCUCGCACAAAUCAGAUGAUAACUAUGUCAAUGUUUCCAUCGUUACGUCGGUCACCGACUUGCAAAACAAGAAGGAUAAAUACUACCUUCACAGUAGAUCGCUCAUCAACAAGGACGAGUCGCAUCCACACCACAACAUUAGAAGCUCGCCAUUCCCAUGCGAGCUGGGAACACCGCUAAUCUCUGUUUCACCGUCAGGCAAGACAAUGCUCACCAUCAAGGAGGUCACACCCGACUCUGAGUAUCUCUUUGAGUUCCUCGACCAAACGCAUCUCACCAGAACAAUCACCUCCAAGGAGAUUCAUAAAAAGAUCUUUAGUGAUGAAUGGUUUGGAAGAAUUUCAUGGUCACCAUGUGAAAAGUAUAUCGCUUUUAUUGCAGAGAGAAAGGUGGAGACUACCAAUUUCUACGAUAAGGAUCCAAAGGAAAAGAUCGUUGGAGAUUCAUUCCUUUUCAAGAAUGAUUGGGGUGAAACCUAUGUGUCUUAUCAAUCACCAUCGAUCUUUGUUAUCGAUAUUCCAAAUGAAACAGUCAUCCCCGUUCUUUGGCCAUUGGCAGACAACAUUACAGCUGGUCAAGUCACCUGGACUCAGGAUGCCAACGGUCUAGUUUUCGUAGGUUGGAAAGUUGAAACCAGAAGAUAUGGUAUUAGAGCUUGUUUUAAUAGAUUGAGUUCAAUUUAUUAUGUUGAUUUCGGUGAGUUGAUAAAACAAAGAAAUGAAAUGAAAAUUAAACAGGCAACCGAUAGUAAGUGUAAUCCAAAUAAUGUUACUGUCCAAGCGGUUAAUUUGUUGGCUGAUUAUAUCGGUUGUUUCAGAUCACCACGUUUCACUUUGGAUGGCAAACAAUUGAUUUUCUUGGGUAUGCCAGGUAUUGUAUUACCACACAACUCUUGCUCACAACUCCUCAGUAUCCAAUGGAAGCAAGGUGCCCCAAUCAAAGGUGAAUCCGACAUCACUACACUCAUCGGUGAGAAGAACUUCAAGGAUGAAUUCCCUGGAAUCUACUGUCAGGGCCUGCCAACUAACCCAUGGAUCGAUGCAAAGACAUUGGUAUUCCAUGAUCAAAUCCAUUCUACCCAAAAAGCAUUUCUCUUUAAUAUUGAAACAAAAGAAUUGGAAACAUUAUCAGGACUUAAAGGAAACUGUACGAUUUUCGAUGUCGAUACUAUGAAUCGCCAAGUUUUAAUAGGUGAAUCCACCCCAUCAUCACCAACUACAAUUAAUUUAGUUUACCUAAAGGAUAAGAAUUCACCUGCUAAAUCUGAAUUCUUUAUUUACAAACCAAUCUAUGAACCAAAGUUGACUGAAAAGAUUACAAAUAUAUUACGUACCAUUCAAUGGGAUAUCGAGGAUGUCAAAGCACCGGAACCAAUCAUCGGCGGUAUCGAUAAGUUCCAAAUUAUCCAUGUACAACCAAAGACCACGAAUCCAACUCCUCUCAUCCUUUUCCCACAUGGUGGUCCUCAUGUAGGAUCGACUUGUGAGUUUUUGACAAGCGUCUGCUAUCUCAAUGCUCUUGGCUAUGCCGUUACUAUGAUCAACUACCGUGGUUCCACUGGAUUCGGUCGUGACUACAACGAUGUCCUUCCAGGACACAUCGGUACCAUGGACGUUGCCGAUUGCUUGGCCACGCUCGAUCAUCUCUUGACGACACGUGCUACCACUUUGGAUCGUGAGAGAUGCGCUGUCAUGGGUGGAAGUCACGGAGGUUUCUUGGCUGCUCAUCUCUGUGGACUCAAGACACCGCGUUUCAAGGCUGCUGUCAUCAGAAACCCGGUCAUCGAUAUCUCCACACUCUCAACUCUCUCUGAUAUUCCCGAUUGGAGUUUCUGUGAGGCCGGUGUCAAGUUGGAGAAGGGUGCCAAGGUGUACCCAGUGGUUCCAACCACUGAGGAGCUCAUAAAGAUGAGAGAAUGCUCACCCAUUUCACAUCUAGAUAACAUGAACGUUCCAAUUCUCUUGGGUCUCGGUGAGAACGAUCUCAGAUGUCCACCAUCGCAAGGUAUGAUGCUCUACAAUGCACUCCAACAAAAAGGUGUUCCGACCAAGUGUCUCUACUAUCCAAAGACAGGACAUGGAUUGGCUUCAGUAGAUGCUAAAUCAGAUCAAUGGAUACAUUAUGCUUGUUGGUUGAAGCAAUAUUGUUAA